GUAUCUCAACUAUGCCACGAACACGGUGAUCAAGAGCGGAAAGCUGGUGCCCACCUUGCUGAUCUCGGUCAUCUGGCUAGAGCGCAAAGUUUCGCUUGCGGAGUGGGCGGCUGCCGUUCUUUUGGUGCUCUCGUCCGCGUUCAUGGCCCUGGGUGAGCAG